ACGUGGUGAUUCUUCUUCCAUAACGAGCUCCCAACGCUCUUUCCUUAACAGGUUUUACUUAUCGCAAUCUUGAUUCUUAGUUCGAGUAACAAUCUAUGGUAGGCUGUGCUACCGUUGUCUCAACAAAGAAAGAAGAUUGGCGAAGAGGAAGCUGCGUCGAUCGUUGUCGACGUAACUCUGAAGCUUGCAAUUCAGGCAUGUCAAGGGUGGAUUCUGAAGAGGAGAGUCCAAAGAGAAAGAAGAGGUGCUUUGGAGUCUGGGUUGAAGUAGGAUACUACAAAUACAAUCAACCUGCAAUCUACAAGGGAUUUUCAAAAGAUGCGGGCCCACCUGUUGUGGGGCCCAAUGACACUGACCGGAUUGUUUUUGGAACAGGUGUUAGAAUCCACUGUUUUGAUGAGCCCAGUCCAGAUGGAUUAACAACAGAAAGAGAGGAGAAUGUUUCAAAAGAAGAGGACCUAAUUCUGAAAAAAAGUGAGUGGUCUGAUUUUGGCCUCAAAAACAAGAAGAGUAGAGUGAAAGGCUGGACCAAUCCUCCCAAGAAGAAAACAUGGUAUGAAUUUCUGGGUCAGGCACGAGCGGUUUCUGAUUAGGGAAUGUAGCUGGGUGAUGCUGACUGUAUAUGUAUGUAUGUGUGUGUGUAUAUAUAUAUAUAUAUGUAAAGCCACUGUUUUGCAACUUUGAUGAUUGCCCUAGGGGGAAAGAGCUGACCCUUGUUUAACCUUUCUUUUGUUGCUGUUUGUUAGCUGUGAUUGGAUGAUGAUGCUUAGGUUAAUGCUUAGAUAUCUUUUUUUCUGGAGAACAGAGAAAUUUUUACUGAAGGAGGACUUGUAGAAUUAAUUGCGAGUGGUAGAAGAUUGGAAAAUAACUGGUGUAGUAUUUGUAUAUGUGCAGUUAGUGAAACUUAUAGAGUCAUCUUAGGGGAUUCUUUUACUGUGUUAUGGGACAUUAGGUUUUUAUCAGCUUC